AAAUAUUAUUAUAACCGCUGAAACAGGCUGUGGCAAAACAUUUGCAUUUUUACUUCCGUUGCUAUAUCAAAUAAGUAAUUGGAAGCCAAUGAUAAAAAGAAAAGUAAAUUCUCCUUUAGGACUUAUCUUAACACCAAGCCACGAUUUAACUUUGCAAAUUUGUAGCGAAGCAAAGAAAUUAUCUAAGCAGAUGGAUUUGAAAAUUAGUAGCUAUAUCGGGGGACAAACAAUGAAAAUAGCAAAAGAUCCACCAAUUCAUCAAGUUGAUCUUAUUAUUGCAAGCUUAGGAGUAUUAUCUAAGUUGGUGACAUGGAAUAUCUACGAUAUGAAUUAUGUCAGACAUAUUGUUCUCGACGAAGCUGAUGUUUUACUGGAUCCAACUUUUAGUGAUAAACUAUCUCAUUUUAUACAUACAAUGCCUGUUUCAGACCAAAGCUUUUGUUCAAAUCCAAAUUUCCCAUAUCAAGUGCAAUUAACUUUGAGUUCAGCAACAAUUCCUGAAAAUUUACCUUCAAAGCUACAUUCAUUUGUUAAAAAUAAUUAUUUAGAACCAGUGGUAAGUGGGAAUCAACACCAAAUUAGCGUACCACAAAAAUUUUUGAGACUGAAAACAGCAGAUAAACCAAUGGAAUUGUUAAAGCUCAUUAAAGCCAAAAUUAAAAUUACUACAGAUGCCGGUGCACGAGGACUUGAUACCAUUCACGUUCAACAAGUCAUUAACUAUGAUUUUCCAUUAAUUUCAUCAGAAUACAUUCAUAGGUGUGGAAGAACUGGAAGAAUCGGUAGUCCAAAUAGUUGUCAAGUCAUUAAUUUUAUUAGCAGACCACUAGAAAUUAUUCUAACAAGUAAAAUUGAAUUUGCUAUUAGAAAGAAAACUUCUAUUCCUAUGAUUGAUUUUAUACAUAACGCAAAUGAACAAGACGAAUUUAUAAAAUCUAAUUCAGACAAUAAUAAGAGUACAAAUUCUUCUGAUCCAUUCGUAGAACCAUCUUAUAGAAUUCCGCAAUAAAUUAUUUUGUAUAAUUUUACAUAUUUUAAUAAAAUAUAAAAUUUAUAAAUAA